UUGCAUUUGCCGAGGAAAGCGAAUAUUUAAUUUAUCGGGCAUUUUUUUUCUCUCUUCUCCCCCAAUCUGCUUCACUCGCCAACCCAAACCUCGUUUCUUCGCCGGAACCCUAGGUCCACUCCGUCUGUUUGAAUUUUCCGUAGUAGAUGAACGUGCGAUUAGGGAAAAGCUGAGGUCUGACGGCCAGGUUUUUUUGUCACCGAAUGGAGGGAGAAAUAAACCCAUGGAGUAUGAUGACAAUGACUUUCAAAACCAGAAUCUCCAAUUAGCUGGUGAAGCAAACAACAAAUUCUCACCAGUUUUACAGCCUUAUCCGCUUCCAAAGUUUGAUUUUGACGAUACACUCAACACGCAUCUGAGGUUUGACAGUUUAGGUGAAAGUGAGGCUUUUCUUAGUGGUAUUGAGGGUAACGAAGAUAAUAACUGGAUUGAGGAUUUUUCUCGUGGAAGUAGUGGUAUAGUGUUUAGUUCGGUUGCAACGGAGUCCUGUGCCAUUUCGAGGCAUAAUAAUGUAUGGUCUGAGGCUACUUCGUCGGAAUCUGUUGAAAUGCUUUUGAAUUCAGUUGGACAGGACGAAGUUAUUGUAAGAGAAGAUACUACCAAGAAAUCUGACACUUCUGAUGAACUAGGUUGCACAAUGGAGGAACCAAUGGAGCCUGCUCAGACAUCCCUUGAAAAAACUCAUUCGAAAGAGGAAACCACGGACUUACAACUAAGCCCAUCUGUUGAUGAUAAUCCAGGAGAGUCCUCUUUGGUAAAGACAGAUGCUGAACAGGAACAGGUUCUGGUGAAAGAUGACUUACCAACCACUGCGGAAGAGGCAUCGCUUGAGGAAAAGAAUACUAUCUUGGCUUCAAAUACCGCGACAGUAGAGGCCGCAGAUACUGCUGAACUUGAUAAGAUAGGAACUGAGACAACUGAUAAUCUUCUUGACCAAGCGGAAGAAAAAGUCAAUGCAGAAUCAAGGAUGGAAGACGAUUGUAGCGAUGGAACUGUACAUACUGUGAUUACUUCUAGUGGUGAGUUGAAUAAUCAGAACACUUUGCUUCCAGUGACUUCGAAUGAUGAAAAUGUUAUCAGCAACCAGAUUGAAAGUAGUUAUAAUCGCAAUGAAGUAACUAUUGAUGCACGGUCGGUUUUGGUUGAGGCUCAUUCUGAUAGCCAUGCAGACUCAGCUUCCGAAGUUGAAAAUGUGGGAGCUGAAAAUGUUGACGAAACUUCAAAGCCUGAUUUGAAGGAGACAGAGCGAUCUGAUGUCACAGUACUAGAAAGAGGAGACCAAGCUCUCUCUACUCUUGAGGUAGGUGGAGGAGAUGUUUCAGGGACCCAAUGCGAAGAUCUCCUUGUCAGUCCUGUUCAUACUAGCGGAGCGGUUAAAGCAUCUCUGGAAGUUGCUGGGGAAUUGACAACUAUAUCAAACAGUUUUUCCAUUGAGAAGCCUGAGUCACUUAGUCAUCAACAUAUGGAAGUUAUCACAAGUAAACAUGAGUCUACAUUUCAGAUAGAGACUGAGACACAUACACAGAUAAAAGCAGUUGAAACUUCAGAAAGUGUUUAUAUUUCACCUACAGAAUCAGUGGUUGAAGCUACAGAAGGUGGUCUGUCUGUGAAGAGUGACAGUAAUGAAGGUAGCGCUCGCACUUCUAAUCUCGAGCAAAGCAUGGAACUGCUUGCCACUGCCAAUGAUAGAGAUCAAGAUGUCAAGAGCUCUCUAAUCCUAUCUGAAAGCGUUGUGUCCGACUCUGUUGGCUAUGUUUCAGGAGGGUCCGCUUCCAAACUGGCGGAGUCAGAAUCUCAAUUUGACACCAUUCCAACGGACAAGUCAGAGACUAUGGUUGACGGUUCUCUCGAUCCCAAAGAAUUACAACCUCUAUGUCAAGAUGGAGCGCCUACUGUUGGUCCCACUUCAUCAAUAGAGUUACAUAUGGUAAAUACAUCCUGUGAUGCAAGUGACCAUGGCAGAUUCUCUGAAACUGAGAAGGUUUCAUCGGGUGAACCUGAAAAUGGUCAAACCGUUCCACCUGUGGAUGCAAGUAGUUCAUGGAGUCAGAUGGACCAACAAGCUAGGAAGCAUGCUGAAGAUACUCAGCAAAGUACGCACUUUGUUGAAGACUUUCCUGGCUCUGAAGAGUCAAAAGAUGCUGUAAAUACUGAUGCUGCUGGACAAGUUUUGCAACAGCAGUCUGAGGAAACAAUUCUAGAAGAACAUCUAGUAACAGAAGUUGUAAAAGCUCCUGAGACUCAGUCAAUUCUGGACAAGGAUAAUAUAAAUGAAGUUCCGAGCACUAGCUCCUUGGCUAAUCUUGGGAGUGAUAACACUGUUGCAUCCGGUGGCCAGGAAGAGGAUAACACUGCUGCAUCCGGUGGGGUUAUGACAGCUGGGACUCCUGUUUCACACCCCAAAGGUGAUACAACCCUACUAGGAGAUGCGUCGACAUGUUCUGAGCCUUCCAUAAAAUCUCAUGUAACCGUAACAGAAGACGCUGCUACUGAUUUGAAGAAUCCUCUUAAUUCUUUCCCUGCUGUUAAGACUUCCGAACAUCAACUUAAUAAGAUAGAGACAAACAGUGUCAAAAAUCCAGAAGAUCAGAAUAUUUUGAGUUUUACGUCUGCUGGGUCUCCGGUCUUGAAUAAAAAUGAGACCUUCAGCAGUGAAAUGAACUUAACUCCCGAUCAGCUGAAAGCAGGGGAAGUUUCCAAAGCUGUUAAUUUUUCACAGGCUACCCUCGUCUCUCCGAUUGUGGUUGGAUCUCCUUCAACAUCUAGCUUAGAGAAAACAGCUGCAAAGUCUUCCAAAACAAAAUCUGAGCGGAAACCCAGGCGAACAUCCAAGUCUGCAGGAAAAGAGACUUCUCGGAAAGGAACUAGUGUGAAAGGGGCUACACCUUAUCAACAAUUUCAAAGUGGAGGCAAAACAAAUGCUGUUAAUCAAAAUUUGGCUUGUCCUAUUCAGAUAUCGCAAUCUACUGAGAAGCAGCAAAUUCUUCAGAGCCCUAAUCUAAAAUCUUUUGGAACCCUUUCAACCCCCACGGCAAGUGUACCGGAUUUGAACUCUUUUGCUCUCUCAAGUAUUCUGCGUCGACCGUUUACAGACUUGCAACAAGUGCAACUACGUGCACAGAUUUUUGUAUAUGGGGCUCUGAUCCAAGGAACAGCACCCGAUGAAGCUUAUAUGAUAUCUGCAUUUGGUGGUCCAGAUGGUGGGAAGGACAGCUGGGAGACAGCAUGGCGUACUUGUGCUGUAAGGGUUCAGAAAUCGCUGGUUGCUACUCCUGAAACGCCAUUGCAAUCUCGUGCAGGGAAGACAGAGACUCCAUCAGCAGGUCACACCAGUAGGAAAGAGAGUUCAACAAUAAACCCCAUGAUUCCACUCUCAUCACCUUUAUGGAGUUUAUCAACUUCCCAUGAUACUUUACAAUCAAGUAGCGCUCAGAGAGGUUCAGCUGCUACUCAGCAGCCAUUGCUUUCUUCAUCGCAUACUCACCAAACUCCACCAACUACAAAUAUCGUUGGACAUAAUACCCCUUGGACGUCACCUCUUGCUUACCGUAACCCUUGGCUUGCUUCUCAGCAAACUAGUGGAUUUGAUGUUGGUUCUCGUUUUCCCGUCUAUCCGACCACUGAACCUGUAAAAUUGACUCCCAUGAAAGAAUCACCCUUGAAUUACUCUGGCGCAAAGCAUGUUCAGAGUGGAACCCCUAGCAAUGUUUUCAAAGUGACACCUACACUUGAGCCAACGAGUACAGUUGUAGCACCUGCUCAACAUUCCACCGGGACAAAAUCAAGGAAGCGGAAGAAGAUGCCAGUCUCUAUGGAGUCUGGUCCAAGCAUUUUGAAUUCGCUAAAGCAGACAGAAUUAGCUGCCUCACCUAUUGUUUCUAUGUCGACAUCUGUGCCUGUUACACCUGCUCCGGCUAAUCUGGGUUUUAAUGCUGGCACACUGCCCAGCUGGAUUAAGAACGGCAUGGUACUCAGCCAAUGUAUUGAGCUUAGAGGAUGAUAAAGCUUACGUGUUGUUCAGUGACCUUUCUGUUGAACAAGGAACAGAUAAACUGAAGGAGUGGGUAGCCCUCAAGGGCGAAGGCGAUCAGGCGCCUAAAAUAAGAACUGCUCGUUCUGUUACUGCCAUGCCUUAUGAAGGAACCAGGAAGAGACGUAGAGCUGCUAUUGGGGAUCAUGUUUGGAAAAUUGGAGAUAGGGUAGACUCAUGGGUGCAUGACAGUUGGUUGGAGGGUGUUAUUACAGAGAAGAACAAGAAAGAUGAAAAUACAGUAACUGUGCAUUUUCCUGCGCAAGGAGACACUUUGACGAUCAAAGCUUGGAAUCUUCGGCCUUCUCUUGAGUGGAAAGAUGGAAAGUGGAUUGAAUGUUCUAGUUCAAGAGAAAACAUCAGCUCGUCGCAUGAGGGUGAUACCCCAAAGGAGAAGCGUCCUAGAUUAGGAACUCCUGCUCCUGUGGCUGAAGUAAAAGACAAGAGUAUAAAGAUUGUUGAUGAUCCAGACUUAGGGAAACCGCCUCAGAUUGGUGUUCUUUACCUCGGUGUUUCAGAGAAUACAUUUAACAUUGGAAGGAGUACCAGAGAGGAGAACAAACCAGAUCCACUCCGUAUGAAGAGAACUGGUUUACAAAAGCAAGGAUCAAAAGUGAUUUUUGGUGUCCCUAAACCUGGAAAGAAAAGGAAGUUUAUGGAUGUGAGCAAACACUACAUUUCAGAGGCGAGCACUAAAACACGGGAACGGAAGGAACCAGCUAAGCCUGUAAAAACAAUUGUGCCCCAAAAUUCUGGAAUAGGUAGCUGGAGAGUGCCACCGAAAACUAUAUCUAGAGAUAAACAGACAACAAUAUCGAAGCCCAAGACUUUUAAACCUGCGCCCAAACCCAAAGAGAAACUGGGUGCUGCUGCUAGGAUAAUUACCCGCAAGGAGUCGCGUAGUACAACAGCCUCAGAUAUGGAAUCUGAUGACGCUGCUGAUGAAAAUGCAGAAAACAAGGGUCCUGAAUCUGGUGUUCCAUUCAAGGGAAUAGUGGAAGAGCAAACCACAUCAUCCUCCCAUGGUACUGGUUCCAAGAAUAGUUCCUCCUCGAGCACUAAUAGAGGGAAAGUGGCUCCUACUGCAGGAAGGUUAGCCAAAAUCGAAGAGGAUAAAGCUUUGGCUGAGAAUUCUUCAAAAACAUCAGAGGGAAUGGAGCCACGUAGAUCUAUCCGCAGGAUCCAGCCAACUUCUAGACUACUUGAAGGUCUGCAAUCGUCGAUGAUGACAUCGAAAAUUCCUUCGGUAUCACACAGCAGAAGUCACCAAAGUCAAAGCAAAAAGUAGCAGUAGAGGCAAGUGAAGGAGCAUAAUCAAGUGCACAUAAAGUACCCAAGUGGAGGAAACAGAAGAGGCAGUGUGGGCUGCUAAUUAGGUUGUUUUUAAUUAUAGUUUUAUGCUCUAAAAAAAAAUCAAACUUCGUUGUUGGUUGGAAAAGGAGACGUAAAACGUAGGAGAAGAGAAGGAAAAAAAAAUGAUGAUGUUAUUUGUAGGUGUGAAUGAUUUGCUUUUGAUUAUUUUAGUCAGUCAGAUGUUCUCUCGCUAGCUCUAUUUCUCAUGACUCGGGUGUGUCUCAUCAGAGAGAGAGAGAGAGAUAAGAAGAAGUUGUACAUGUCGUUUGAUUAUUGUCCCAAGUAUCUCUCUAACUCCAUUUGCCUCUUUCAAUCAACCCUUUUGCUUUUGUUUUCUUGA